AUGCAAAUUGUGCGCAAAAUUAUAGAAUCAACAAAUGUGCAAGCAGUGCAGCCAGCAGAUCACGCCGGUGAACUUGGUUGGGCGUUCACCUUAAUCAUAGUUUCAAUCAUAUCAGCUCUUAUAGGUGCUAUUGUAAUGGUCAUAGUUCUAAGGUGUAGAAGAAUAAAAUCAGCUAAUAACGGCAAUGGUGGUCGCACGCAACCCUGGUGGUGUCGUAACAAUCGCAAUGGUGGCUCCAACGGACGUUCAACCCUGUCAAUCAAGCAUCCCGCCGAUAGCAUACGAAGGCGUCCGAAUAGCAACUCUGGAGUUUGGUCCUGGAGUCGUCGCUCUUCAGCCAGUCCCGAUCAAAUCGGUCCACCAUCCUCGUCGCCCGCCGAAAAUCAUUACACACACAUGGAUGAUGCAUACAGUCCGGUUAAUGAGGCAUUGUACGCAGAAUUGGAUCGGGAAUCGGUACGUUCAGGAAAUCCGUCAUAUCAAAAUACGGCCUACAGUCAGUGUGGUGAGAAAUACAAUUUCCAACAACAUGAACAGGACAUUCCGAUGGUAGUCUCAUCAGCGCCCAGUAGCGCUUAUUAUUCUGACCUCUCAGUGACCGCCGUGCCAGGUGGCGGCAACGAGCGUGCCUAUGAAAUUGUCGGUUUAACAGUUAUGUCACAGCCAUUACCCAAUUGGGAUGGCAGCAGUGGUGGUGGCAGCGGCAGUGGUGUUGUAGGUAUGGGUGUUGGCGGCACUCUUGGUGUACUUGGCAGCGGGGGACCCAAUGAAGCUUCGCAGCGACGUAUACCACGUUUAGCAGCCAUAAAUGAGACGAGCACAACAACUGUAGCCGCGUCAGUGCCCUCUGAUUAUGUAUGAAAUUUGGAGGAUGAGAGGCGCAGUGAGGAAGCGGUAUAGCGAUUUUAAAAUGCUAUUAUUUAAUACUUAUAUACAAGUUUAUAUAUGUACAUGCAUUCGUAGUUAUGUACAUGUGCAUGUACAUACAUACAAAUACUUUAUAGCAAUACGAAUAGUUGUUAAGGAAGAUAGCGAGCGAAAGUGGCUGUUGGUAGUGAUUAUUCGAUACUUUUUCUUGCAGGUAUCGAUAACCCUUCCCCGAAACAAGUAUUUUUUUUACUCGAUACUUUUUUCAUGUUUGGUACUUGGUAUCGAUAUUCUUUUUGCAUUAUUUGCUUAAUGGCAGCACUAUAACUAUUAUUCAUCAUCAAAGUAGGACACACAAAUUUUAAUUUGCCAUUCUUUUUUCGAGUUUACUUUUCUUGUAUAUUUUGUGUGUAAUUGAUUUUGAAAAGUUGAGAUUUUGCAAUUGCAAAGUAUGUCAUUUGAUAGAAACACUAAGAACUUUUCUUUUCUAGACAACUCCAACAAGGUUAAUCGUAAUAUUGAUUAAAAAAGUCGCUAUCUGAAUUGUGAAAUACCUAAUUUGAAAGUAAAUCAUUUACAUAAUUUUGAAAAAAUUAAAUUUUUCCCGCCCUUUUAUGAAAUUUCAAAUAUGUAUUUAGUAUUCGUGGCAUACCUUGUCCUUGCGAAAGACUUUUCUCGAAAGCAGGAAUAGAAUUACACAGACAAGAAACCGCCUGUCAUAUAUAUAUUAUAUUUUAAGAAAUUGGUUUUUUGUACUAUUUUUUAUUAAAAUGUUAUGCUAAUUUGUGUGCAUUUCGAUUUGAAAAAUUCAAGCAAAACGUGAAAAAAUACUUAUUUUAAUAAUUCAAAUUUUUUAUUCAGUACUUGAACAUACACCAUACUUUUUAUCGAUAUUUGUUCAUUACUUGAUACUUUGUUUCGAUACCAGAAGCAAUUGAAAGUAUCGAUGCCAAGGUGGUAUCGUACAAUCACUAAUUGUUGGCAGCACUUCUAGCAAAAAAUAAACAAUAACAACUUUAGUAUAAACAAAUGUGGUUUAUAAAAGCCCAUAAUGAAAUUCAACGAGCUUAAAUUUGUUAAUAAAUAAUUUUAAUGUGAAUUUUCUAAAGCUGUUGAAACAGUUAUAUUUUGCAAAGCA